CUAAUGAAGUGCAAUUAUCAUCGACUUAGAUCAAUGUCCCCUCACUCGAAGUGUCUUUUUUCGCACCUAAUAGUCUCGGGAUACCUCCAUUCAUGCACCUAAACAAGUCACAAUUUUCCCCCGUAUGUGCUUGUGGCUUUAAUUAUUUGAACUUUGGUACAAAAUUGCAAGAAAUGGAUUGCAGGCGCUAAACCAAACAAGCAAAUGCUGUGCUCAUUUUCCCGGGCAUCCUCUAAAAUUCUUCACCCUCUACUAAAACCCAACUCCAAUAACUUCCAUUGCAACUACCACAACUUCCCUCUCCAAAAAACCCCAUUCGACAUAGAAGACUCAUUUUUAGCUUUGCUCAAAAAAUGUUCACACAAAAAUCACAUUUAUCAAACACAUGGCUUCAUGCUACAUCGUGCUUUAGAUCAAGACAACUUCCUUUUAAGCCAAUUCUUCCACACGUGCUCCUCCUCCAUGGGCUUUGUCAAUUAUGCUUGUUCAAUUUUCACUUCGAACCCCAACCCAAACAUUUAUCUUUACAACACUAUGAUCAGUGUUUUCUCUAAACAACAAUAUCUAUUAAAAGAUGCAAUUUUCCUUUAUAAACAAGCUCGAGCCAUUGGCGUAUAUCAUGAUACUUACUCUAUCCCUUUUGUGUUGAAUGCUGUAACGUGUCUUAGCACCGGCAGUCAAAUUCACUGUGAGGCUAUUAUAACCGGAUUGAAUAACAACAUACAUGUGGCAAGCUCGGUUGUACGGAUGUAUUCUUCUUUUGGGUGCGUCUCGGAUGCACGUAAGGUGUUUGAUGAAAUGCACGACAGAGAUGUGGGGUUGUGGAAUACCAUGAUAACGGGUUAUGUUAAGGCUCGUGAUAUGGAUACCGCGAAGUACUUGUUCGAUAAUAUGCCGGAGAAGAAUGUGGUUUCUUGGACUACCAUAAUUGCAGGGUAUGCUCAGGGGAAUCAGUUUUCUCAAUCUAUUGGUGUUUUCCGUGAAAUGACGAGUGCAGAAGUUGGUGUCAAGCCUGAUGAGGUAACAAUGCUAGCUGCGCUUUCUGCUUGUGCCCACUUGGGUGAACUCGAGUUGGGCAAAUGGAUCCAUAAUUAUACUAUAAAACACAGGUUACGCAGAACUGUGCCGCUUAACAAUGCCCUUAUUGAUAUGUAUGCAAAGUCAGGGAGUGUUAAAAAGGCAGUAGAAUUGUUUGAGUGCAUGGAAACAAGGAGUGUUGUUACUUGGUCAACAAUUAUUUCUGCAUUGGCUGUCAAUGGGUAUGGAAGAGAAGCGCUUAACAUGUUUUCUCGAAUGGAAAUGGUUGGAAUUACGCCGAACAGUAUCACCUUAAUCGCAGUACUAUCUGCAUGUAGCCAUGCAGGUCUUGUGGAGGAGGGCAGAUUGUAUUUUAAGAUGAUGGAAGAAAAAUAUGGUAUUAGUCCUGACAUCAGACACUAUGGUUGCAUGGUCGAUCUUUUAGGGCGUGCUGGCUACCUCGAUGAGGCUGCAAAUGUUAUUAAAACGAUGCCCUUUGAAGCAAAUGCAGCGAUCUGGGGAUCACUUCUUUCUGCAGCCAGGAAGCAAGGUCAUGUUGAACUUGGGGAGCAAGCUCUGCAGCAUCUAGCUGAAGUGGAACCACAUAACAGUGGGAAUUAUUCCCUUGUGUCCAAUACAUAUGCUGCUCUUGGUAGGUGGAGUGAAGCUAGGGUAGCAAGAAAGAUCAUGAGGGACACAGGUGUCAAAAAGUUGCCAGGCGGUAGCUUCAUCAAGGUGAAAAACAGAGUUUAUUACUUCUAUUCAGGAGACAGAUCACAUUUUCAGUGCGAGAGGAUAUGCAGAAUUCUAUCACAGUUGAACAAGGUAUCAAAGAUGGGACUGCAUGAAGAUUGGGGGUAUGAAGAGCUGCUUGAUGCUGAUAACCUUUACGAGGGUCACUUAUAAGACAAGGGGUAGAAUUUUGUAUUAACUAGACAGACUGUUUCAAGGACCAUUGGCUUCAGAAGAUCAACUUAUGUGUAGCAGCUUUAAGUGCACCUAAAUGCUAAGUUGCUCGGACAUGGGUGCGGGUGUCCGACACGGGUGCAGAUCUAGAGGUCGGAUCCUUCGAGAUGUAAAUUUUAAGAUUCGGGGAUACGGAUCCUAGUACGAAUACGGGUGUGGGGAUCCGGCUAAAAUAUUUCAAAAAAAAAAAAAUUCUUCAAAUUUACCCUAGUUUUGAUUCUGAUUUCGGGAAUCUAAUUAUAUCUCGUCUCGAAUUUUUUCGUCUGUUAUGGUCAAAGUACCCAAAAUUGUUUGACAAGAUCCAGUACGGAUCCCAUACCCACACACAUACUAGUGUCGUGUCGACACGGUGCGGCACCUAAACUGCCCUGUCGCAGCAACUUAGCCUAAAUGUGAAGUAAGUAGAACUUCAGGAGAACACAAUUUAAGAUCUUCAUAGCACUUGACAUCAAAAAGAACUAAAUGUAUUAUGCAAAUGUGAUUAAUACCAAUAUUCUUUCUUGUUCCGUUCCAACCCCCACUUCGAAUCUAGUGUUGGUGACUGGUACCCGAUUGACCAAGUUAGCGGAGUCACUAAGCUAGUGAUAUAUCAUGCUUAAAGGAUAACAAAUUAGCUUUCUUUUUGAAUUAUGUUUCAGCUGGUUGUUGAAUUUUCUUUGUUUAGUGGGGCAAUAAGUCCUACUAAAUGCAUUUUAUUUGCUCUUAAAGUGAAUUUUCCUUCUAAAUCCUGUGAAGCUGUUGUCCGUGGGGGUUCCUUUUUCUGUUUCCAUACUAUUACCGCUGUGGAAUUUAUACUUUAUGGUUUAAAUGAUCUAUAAACUAUCUUGCAUUUUCUUUUGGGAAAACUGGAAAAGGUUCAAAUUUGCCGCUAACUGUCAACUUACAGUUAACCUUGCUCUCCAUAUGAACUUGGCAACAAAAAUACCCUCGCCAUUACCCGAUUGUAUCAUAUUUGCUCCUUUUCUCCAGCUUAGCAAAUGGAUUCCUCAUUGGUUUUCACCAUUGUCCAUGUCUGGCGUCAGCUGAUACAUGGAUAAUACAUGUAAAUUUAUGAGCUAGUUCAGUAGAUACGUGGAAACAUAGGAAACGAAAAGGAAACCUGUAGCACUUUUGAGAGUGAAUAAUGACUUCUCUCCCAUCUCUGCUUUCGCAUCCAAUCCUCCAUUGAAGAAUCUCCCAGGAAUGUAGCUUUCUUUUAUUAAAAACUCUAAUACAGCUCAAAGAACCCAAAGAAUAUUCAUACUUUUAGCAUUUUAAUCAUUCUGGUUCUUAUCCCUCUUUACCACCUUUCAAUUGGUACUCUGCAGAUUUAGUAACCCAUCCAUCUGAAAUAUGACCGACAUACUAUGCUAAGGAGCAGAAGUCAAAAAUUAAAGAGCCCGAGACAUGUGAUAUCUUCACUGGAGAAUGGGUUCAAAAUCUUGAUGAUUCAUACAUCAAAAUCUUGAUGCUUCAUACACCAAGAUGACCUGUUUGCGGUCCACGAGCACCAAAAUUGUAUGAAGCACAAAAGACCUGAUAUUGACUGCUUGAAUUGGAGUUGGAAGCCUAAUGGUUGUGAGCUGCCCAUUUUCAACCUUCAGUUUUAGGAUAUGGUCAGGAACAAGUCAUUGGCACUUCUUGGCUAAGUUGCUCCGACAUGGCAGUUUAGGUGCCGCACCUGUGUCGACACGACACUAGUAUGGGUGCAUGCAGUGUUAUCAAAGACGAAAAGCACAAAAAAAUUCUAAGGUUGUUGGAGCUUUAAGCGCAAAUAAAGCGUGAGCUUUAAUGAAGAAAGACGCAAAUGGGGAGAAAAUACAAAUAUAUAUGUAUAGUCCAAGACGAAUAAUUAUAAAGUGUGAAUAACAAAUAUAUGGACAAAGAAAUUGAAGAAGAAUUACGAUAAAGUGAAAUAUCAAUUGUUUAGUGUCGCCUCUUUAGGAUUACACUCAUUGGAAAAAGUGUUCCUUAGAGCCUUAAUGACGACACUCAAGCGCCCGCUAAGUGAGGCGAAGCACUGCUAAGCGAGGCAAAGCGCUCAACUUGUUUUUGAGCCUUGCUUCAGGGCUUAAGCAUGCGUUUGACAACAUUAGGUGUGGGUAUGGGAUCCUUACCGGAUCUGGUCAAACAAUUUUGGAUACUUUGACCACGACGGACAGAAAUAUUCGAGACGAGAUACAAUUUGAUUCCCAAAAUCAGAACCAAAACUAGGGUAAAUUUGAAGAAAAUAGCAUACCUUAU